UGACUAAGUGAAUAACAAUAAUGGCUGAAGGAGGUAAAAGUGCUAAGGAUGUCUUUAAAAAGACACUGCCAAACUUCAUAAACAUACUUGGGAAGGAUCCACCCUUUUCUGUAGUCACUGCUUCUCUCAAUGCUGAAGACCUGAUAACUGAUCAAGAGCUAGAGGCUAUAAUGACCAAACAAGGUGUUGAAAGAGGCAGGGAAGUGGCUUUUACCCUAAGAGACAAGAUAAAGGAUAGUGAUGAUCCUAAUGUCUGUCUACUUGCCAUAUGUAAGAUAUUUGAAUCUGAACUAGUAGACAAUGCUACAUUGAAGAAACAUGGAGAAAGCAUGAGAACAAGCAUAUCAAGCACAGCUGCUGCUUCUACAGCUAGACAUCCUGUAUCACACCCCGAGGAAUAUUCAAAGCGAAAGUUUGGUGAACUAGAUAUAGGUGAUUUAAAGACAGUGAGAAGUGUUUUGACUAAAGCAAUGUUUGGACCAGUUCAUUGGACUGAUUUAGGAUUGUCCCUUGGUCUCAUUAUGCCGACACUUAAUGUGAUUGGUAGAACUAAUGGAGACGCUAACGAUUAUCUCAAACUAACUCUUCAAUAUUGGUUGGAAAAGAAAGAUAAUGUUACAGGAACCACGUGGGACAACUUAAUAAGAGCAGUGAGAAGCACUGGAGAUAAUGCAGCUGCUGAGAGGAUGCAAGGCAUUUUAAAAUGA